AUGUCUCCAUCUGAUAAAAUUAAAGGAGGAAGUAACUCAUAUUCUGGAAAAGAACAAACACAAAGAAGCUUAGACAUGGAUCCCACUCCAGAAAUAAGGUCAACAUCUUCUUCUGACAUAGGAAAACCUGGCACAAUUUCUAGCAUUCCUUUGAUCACUGCCAGUCUGUCCACCUUAAAGUGUUCUGAUAAUGAACAAAUAAAAACUUUUGAUCCUGGAGAAGAAAAUGGAAUUGAUAGACUUACUUGUGGAAGUUCUUCACUCUCUGAAAGAAGUAAUUACAGUGGCUUAAUCAGGAAUAGUAGCAAAAAUUAUAAAGCUGGUACUAAAAUUAACAAACUAGCCGAUAUGUUAGCCAAAAGAUCUCAAAAUAUUGUUGAAGUUACUGAAAAUGCUAAGUCUAAUAUUGCAGAUACCUUAAUCAAACCCAAAAUAGAAAGUUCAGUAUCUCUUAAACAAACAGAUAAUGUAAUAAACUUUGAAAAAAUUUUAAAUACUUCUGAUGUUAGUUGUAAUAGGACUGUAAAUAGUAAUGAAUUAGUUAUGUUUAGAAAAAAUCGACGUAAAUCAGUACCAAAUCAUAGUUGCAAUCUAAGCAAAUUGCAAUCUCAGUCAACUUCAAAGUCAUGUUUAGAUAUUUCUAGACUUUUUUCAAUGCAGGAAGAUUGUAGACCUGAACUUAAUGCCUUAGGAGAACCAUUGAAUAUGCUCCAGACUGAUGAAAGUACAAAAAGAAAAGCUAUUAAAAAAAAUUUUAAAAAUGUCGAGUUGACACUUAUUUUACCACAAAAAAAGAAAAGAUUUUCAAGCGGUUUUGAAAAUAUUAGUAAUAAAGUUAAUGAAAAAAUUGUAGAAGUUUCUACUAAGGCUGAAGUGCCAAUUCGAGAAAAUAGUGAAAACAUACCUAAAUCUCAUCAAGUUUUAAAUAGUUCAGUUUCUCAACCGGAUCAUGUUAUUAAUAGUUCCAUUUUGAAAAAAGAGAACAAAACAAAGUUAAGAAAAUCAAAAAGACUAGUUGAAACAUCUACUCAAACAACUGAUAUAGAAUUUGUUACGCCCAUCAUAUCAUCAGUUGAGAGCAGUGUUGCUGCCGUUGAAAAGAAUAGCAAAUUUAAAGAAAACACAUCUUGUGUUUGCAUUUUAGAAUCAAACGCUAAAAAUAUGAUGAAAGAAGACUCUCUCAAAGUUAGCAAAGAUGUUUCCAAGUGCCAAUAUUGUUUAAGUAUAUUACCAGUAAAUGAUUUGAAAAUGCAUUUAAUGAAAAAUCAUUCAAAACCAUGUAAUAAUUUCUUUUCGAAAUGUGAUCCCGAACUUAUAGUCAAAGAAGAAGUUCAACCCCGAAGUGAAGAGGUUAAUAAAGUCUCUGACGUUGUAAAUCAGGGAAAUAUUGAUCCCAGCCAAAAAGAUAACAGAUGCCAUACGGUAGAUGAAGAAUUAAGUAGGAAAAAUAGGGAAAACAUUGAAAAUAAAAAUGAAUUAUUUAUCGAUUUAUCUUGCGAGUCGGCUGCCAAGUCUUCGACUUCUCCAAAAGCUAACCAAAAAGUUUUGCCGAGAGAAAUGUUUUCAGAAGAGCAGCUCUUGGAAAUGGAAAUAAAAUUUUAUAAUCAGUUGUCUGGAAACAUUCAAGAAAAUUUAACUCAUCAUCUCGAUGGAAAAGUAAACAAAAACAAUUCUCUCUCAUCUGCUAAUUCUUCUGCUAACACUGCGUCACCGACUACUAUAAACACGUCAAAUUUUUUAUCCGGGAUAACAUCGAAUUCCGGAGUUGUACUUAAUGCAGAAUCAUCAAGAGCACCUUCACCGUAUAAAACCAGAAGCAAAACUCCGAAUCCCUUGCCACGAACUGCUAAAAAAUUUAAAAAAUUGCCCAAUUGGCAGCAAAAGUUUUGGGAAAAAUAUAACUUUCCAUCAAAUCACCGAUACGAACACAGGUUUUGGGAUAAAAAUUGUUUGAGCAGUGAAAAAUCCGCCUUUUAUUUAAAAGACUUAUCUUGCCUAGAUGUAAAAACUCAGUUAAUUAUAAGAGAAAACAUUCAGAAAGUAGAUGAAAUAAGUUCGUUUGAGAAAAAUAAAAAAUCGACGGAUAAUUUACAGUUUCCCGAGUAUUUGUCGUUGACACCUCGGUCGAGUGAUAAAAACGAUCAAAAAAUUAAGUGUGACGCCGUAGAGAAAAAACCUUUCGAUUGCGAAACCAAAGAAAGCGAAAAGUCUUUCAAAUCUCCGAUUGCAGAGUUACCAAUAUUGAAAUGUCGUAGAAAAUUAAGCUCCGAUAAUUUUUCUCUAGCCAAAAAAAGCCAGAUGGAAACCAUUAACGCUGACAAAAUUAAAAUGAUGACGAGGCGCCAGAAUUCAUUAGAUUCUGUAAAAGACGAAAUCGAUGAAAGUACCAAGAAACGAAAGGGUAGUUUGGAUUUAAAUACGGGGCAAAAAAUGUCAUUGAGAAGACAGACAAGCUUAGAAAUCAUUCAAAAAGCUAAUGAUGUCAGUUUGGAAAAAAAUCAGGUUUUAAAUAAACCUGUAGACUUGAUGAAUAAUUGUGAAAGAUCAUUAUCAGCGGCAGCCGAAAUUAGUGGGGAAUGGGUUAGACCGAGAACUUACUUGUGCGGAACGUGUUGCACGAAAUUUACGAAUUUGUGGGAAUUGGAAGAUCACAAAUGGGUCAGUCAUCCAAACGUUUGGUGCACUCAUUACGAAUUCGAGGAUGAAAAAAUCGAUAAAUUAUUUUAUUCGAAUGAAAACAAUGAUAAGGAACCGAAUUCAACCGAAUUAUUAAACGUUAAACUGACCGAUUUGUAUAAAAGAUAUUUAUUACCUCACGGAUCUUUAAAGACUGCAAAACUAGUCCCUAUCAUGAAUUUUCCCGAGCAAUGCUCGAAAUGCCAGAAGAAUUGCACGAGUGUAUCAGAAAUGCAUAAACACAUGUUGGAUUGCGGUGGUGACACGACGUGGUUUUUGACCAUGUAUUCCUCUCCGAUGUCGAUCAAAAGGAAAUGGAGGCCUUUCGGGAGCAGGCGAAGAAAGCAAAUUGGUCGUCGGGAUUUAAAGAGAAAUAUUCCUAAUACUCCAAAUAUCAGAUCUUAUCACUAUCAACACAGAAUCAGAACCAAGCCUGGCGAUGUGGAAAGCAUUCAGAAAAUGUUGGCAAAUUUACCUGAAAAACGUGCCAGAAGAGCUAUUAAUUUUGAUGAAAUCAAAACUCGCAGUCAAGCUACCAUUCAUAGCAAUCGUCUUUUGAGAAAAAGAUUCAAGUCUUCUUUUGCAAACAAUCUGCUAAAGUUUAAAAAUUUAAAACAAAGGCAGCAGCAACAGCAGCUGAAACACGGCAAAAAAGAAAGUUCCAGUUCCAAAUCAACAACGGAUACCAGUUCUGAAAGUACACCCAUGGGCUCUCCGAAACGUAAAAACAAAUUGAAAGAUAAUUCAAAAGACGAAAAAAUGAUGAGCAAUUCCAAUGUGGGCUCAAGUGAAAGUAUUCGAAACGCUAAAAAAAAAAGACGGUCCAAAAAGGAAGAAAACAAUAGUUCGAAGGUUAAUGUUAAGAAAGUCAAUAAGCGAACAACGCAAAAUACCGAAAAAUUAAAAGUCAAAAAAUGUACGGUCAAAGGAAACGGUUCCGCCACGAUGGAUGGUACAAACGAUGUAAAAACGAAAAAGAAAUUAACUUUAAAUGAUAAUUUUUCGGUUUUAAAUCCCGGAUCGAACGUGAAUGCUAUAAAGGAAGAAAAUGGAAAAGGGAGUAGAAAACUUAAAAAGAAUUUUACCGAUAAUGAUGACAUUAUUUUUCUCGAAGAAAUCAAUCGAACCUCUAUCGUAUCGGAAUUUGUCAAUGUUAACGAGAAAACAUCCGAGAAAAGAGUAAUGAGUAAAAAGAAGAGAAAAAAUGAAAAUGUCGAAAGUGAAGAAACGGUUCAAAAAGUUCAAAAUAAUAAAACAAUAUUGAGACUGAAAUCAAACGCUAAAGAGAAGACUGAUAAAAUAAAUAAAAAAGUUAAGGAAAAAUUUAAAAAUCCUAAAGGGGCCACGGAAAAAAAAGAAAAGCAAAAAAAAAUUUCUGACAAAAAUUUCAAAUUAUCCAAGUACGACAGCAUCAUUAGAUUUACAAACGAAUGUGGGAAAAAAGACGUGGAUUUUGAAUGCGAAACAUUUCUGAACAAAGAUCUUCAAAAUCCAAAUUGUUUAACGAAUGAUUUGUCAAAGGAUGACGGAAAAGGAACGAGUCAAAGGAAAAGAAUAAAAACAAACAAUUGUAAAAAAACGGAUGUAACAAUUAAAGAAAAACAUAAUUUAGAAGGUACGAGAAGAUCAUCUAGAACGAUUCAAGUUAGAAAGUCGCUUUUCCCGAGCGGAGCAACGUUUCCCUCGUGUUCAGACUCGGAAAACGAGGCGAAAACGAUAUUUGGAAAUGCGGAUGCAAAAAACGAAUCAAAUGACGGGAAUGUUUAUGUCGGUUCUCCAUUAGAAGACGAUCAAAGGUUUUCAAAUCCGAACGUGGAAUCGGAAAAAAACGAAAACCUAAAUUUUCCACAGAAUGAUUUCACUUCAGAAGUUUUACCUGCCAAUGAAAAUUCUUCAAAUAAAGAAUUACAAACAGGUAUAUCAGACCCGAAUAAAAGCAGCGAUCUUGAAGAAAUGCCCAUAUUGGCGAAAGAAGAACCCAUUCGUGGGAAAUUCAAUGGGAAAAGCGAACAAGACAUUCCUGUGCUGUUACCGGUGGUGGAAAAUUCUACGGAAAAUCUCGACUCGUGUAAAAUUGAAAAUGAAAAACGCUCUCCUAAUAUCGGUUUUCACGUGGUGAAAAAAAGAAAGAAAACAUCGAAAGAAGAAGUGGCACCCUUAAAAAUAGUUAAAAACAAAGAAAGUGGGGAUUUUUCAAAAACCAAAACGGAAAUUUCGUUGAGCUUAAAUAAAUGUAAAAAUAAACGUUACUCGCAGUACUCGAUGGAAAAAGAAAAACGUUCGAAAAACACGGUAGAAGAAUUCGAUAAAGAAUCUUUUGCGGUCGAAGGAAAACCCUGCAGCAGUCCCAAACGUAAAAAAUAUUUUUUAGGGAUUUGCCCAGGCGAAAUAGAUAAAGGCGAGGAGGAAUGUAACGAAGACAGCAGUUCGGAUAGUGAGCCUCUCAUAAUGUUGGUCAAUCAGUCUCAAAAAGAAAAUCAAAUGAAAAAAAAUAAUGAAAUUGAAAAAAUCCGGGAAAACAGUCGGGAAAAUUCAAACGAGGAAACGGUCAUUUUGGAUUAUUCGGUAUUAAAAAAUACGGGAGAAAACGUUGAAAAAGACGUCGAAGAAACUUUAAUUCGAUCUUCGUCGCCAACGCUCUACGAUUCCACGUACGAAAAUAAUGAAAAAUCAUUCGGAGUAAAUAAUUUCGAAAGCAACGUUGUAGAAUUUACGUCGAAAAUUAAAAAAGGACCGAGAAUAAUUGCAAAAAUAGAGAAAAAAAGAAAAAAUUCUAAAAAUAAAAGUGAAAAAUUAAGCAUAUCUUUGAGCAUAGAAAAACCCAAAUUGAAAUUCGACGAGAGCGUCAAUAAUAAUAAUAAUAAUAAUAAUGAAAAUGAUAAUUUUAACGAUAAUGUUAUCGAUAGUAACGAAAGUGAGAAAAAGUCUUCUUCACCAUAUUCAGACGUAAAGGAAAAUUUAUUAGUUUUACCAAAUGGUGAGAAUACUUUUCCGGAGAGACGAAGCAGAAGAAUAAGCAAAGAAAUCAAAUCGACAAAUGAAUUCGUCAUCGACGAUCCGUUAUUAUUGGUGGAUGAACUCUGGAGCGAUUUAGAUUCGGAUUCCGAUUCUGCGAGGAAAAAAUCGAAAAAGGGAAGGAAAAAAUCAAACAGAAGGAAAAUUAUAGAUGAGAAAAAAACGUGCGACGUAAAUUUGGAAGAACUAUUGAGAAAUUUCGGAGAGAAAAAAGAAACGUGUGUAAAUAAUGAUAAAACGGAGGAAAUUUCACAACAACCGCAAACAACCGUUUUGCCCGUGAAAGUUUUCUCCAAAACUCAAACGACUUGUCGUAGAUCCGCAGACGUACGGAAAGUCCUGGAAAAUCGCGUCGUACGAGAAUCUUAUAAACGUUUAUCGUUAAAAUUAUUUCGUUUUAACAAAGCAUUUAAAAAUUUUGGAAAUCGCGGAGAAAGACUAGCCGACGUCAAAAGAAUUCUGAAAGAAAAACGGGAUGAAAUCGAAAUCAAAAAUAAUAAUUUGCCGGAUUUACCAUUUUUAGCGGCGGAAAUAAAAGAGAAUCCCGUGCAAAUCAUACAGUGUCGCUCUCAAAAAUCAAAAUCCGGAAAAAAGGGUUUAAAGAAAUUAGAAAGAAACAUUCAUAUGAAAAUAUCCUUGCCCUUGGAGAGUAUUAAUAACAUGACCGUGUUCAAUAAUAAUCAUUUGACAGAAUUCGACAUCGAGAACGAGAGUUUGAAAAAACAAGAACAAGGAGGGGAAGUUGACAAAACGGAGGAAGGGAAAAUUAAAAGCGAAGAAGCGGUCGGGGAAAAAGAUGACACUAAAGACGUUGUUAUAGAAUCAGGAGGAGAAAUGAUGAGUAAGAUGAAAUCGUCAGAAGUUAUCGAUAAAAUAUUUUAUUGUGAAAUAUGUCAGACUUAUUACUAUUCUUCUUCUCAAUUGAAAAUGCACAAGCUUUCAAACAAACACAAAGUUAAAGAAUCUGAAUUUUUAUCAGGUCAAGAGGGAUUAUGUACACUAACGGAUCCAUCAAAAGCGGAAAACAAAGAUGAUGAGAAUAAUCAACAAGGUAAAGAUUUACCACCGAUCGAUUCCCGGGGUCAUCAAGAGCGUGACGUCGUUGAAAGAGCCGAAUUUGAAAAACUCAACGAAGAUACUUCGGAAAUGCCGGUUCUCGAAGGGCCUUUCAUUGAAAAUCCCACGACGGGGAUUUUCCAAGGAAAAACUCCAUCCGAGCCGACGCGUCAUCCGAUGACGCCCACGAAUUUCGGUUUCAGUCCGGAAAAUUUAAAAGAUAUUCAACGAGCCAUCGGUUGCACCGACGAAGAAAUGUUGAUAUUGACGCUUUUAGGUGAGAACACGAUCGAAAUAGAGAAUGACAUUUUAGAUUUGGAUUCUUGCAAAUUGACCGGAGUCAAAAAUCCUGAAAAUGUGAAAAACGAUGUCGUCGGGGAAACGGUCAACGGAAUAUUAAAAGUUGAUUUAAAGCAACGAAUGACGUCUGCGCUGGCUUGUCUGGUAAACAAAGCCGUGUUUAAUUUACUUCAAAAGUACGAGAGCGUUGCAAAGUCUUCCGUCAAUCCCGAGGCGGUGUCACUUCUCGGUAAAUUAUCCAAUCUCAGCAGGAGGAAAAAUAUUUUGCAGUUAAACGAAUUGUUAAAAAAGGAAAAAGAUGGAGAAUCGUCGGUGAAAAGCCUUUACAAAGAUAUGGAAAAAAAAGAACCGUCUUUAGCCUAUAAGUAUCAGUGUACGAUUUGCGGGAGUAGGUUCGAAAAAGCAUCGACGAGAGAAUGUCACAUAAGUCGAAGUCACAAAGGAAAAUCUAAAAGGAAUAACGAUGAGACGCAAAUGGGUUCCGAGGAUGAUUGGAAUGACGUUUGGACUUAUGACGGUGGUGGCGAUGAACCCAUCGGAGGAAGUAAUAAUUUGUCUCAAUUUUGGUGCUCCGAUUGUGGAAUAAACUUUGUGUCUCCUCAAGAAGUUCUAGAACAUCAAAAACAAGAACAUCAAGCCGGAGUGAAAGAAGUCAAAGACUCCAGUCCUCUGCAGUCCUCGACGAUCGGAUCUAGCGACGAAAUAAUCGAAGGGAAAAAAAUGAAGCGACGAUCGAAAAUGUUCACGUCCGAAGAAUUAGACCAGCAAAGAAUUAUAGCCAAUAAUGAACUCAGAAAGCUCGAUAGGAAAUUUUCCGUUAAAAAUAAAUCAAAUAAAUUGAAAUGGGGAAUGGAUGCAUUGAAAUUCACCGUGGAAAAGGAGAACAAAGAAAUGACGAUGGAAGAAGACAAGGAUCAUCUCAUAUUGGAAGAAAGCGGGGAGAAGACUCAGGGUGACGUUAAAAACAUCGAUCUGGUACCCAAAUUGAAUUUUUCCCGCAAGAACAACAUACCUGAAUUCAAAGUAAUACAGAAAAAUUGUUUGAAAAAUCGUUUUCAAAAAAUAAUUGACAACAAGUUGAAAAGAAAAACGUCUCGACAUUCUCAACAAGAUGGGGUAGAGACGGAAGAAGUGGAAACCGAAGUCAUGCUGGUGCCGGUAGUUGUUAAAAAGAAAAACAAAAAGCAAAAGUCGAACAAGGGGAAAAAAAGCGGAGACGAAAAAAAUAUCGACGUUUACGAUUUCAAUGAUUCUGAACCUGAAAAUGAACCCGUCGCUCUUUCACACAUAAAAAAGUCGAUUUCCCUCCCUACGAAAUUGAAAUUAAUAAAAGUGAAAGAAUUACCGUCUAAGAACAAAGCAGAUUCGACGACGAAGGGUUUGAUACCGGAUGAUUACGAUUCAGAAGACAGUUUACCCCUGUCCGUUGUGAAAAAAUACAAACCCAACCAUGGUGAAGACCAUGAAAAAGAUGAAAAAAUAUCCGAAGAAGGAUUGGAAAAAUCAGAAGGGAUUUUAGAACAAGUGGAAUAUUUAAUAGAGCAAUUGGAACACGAAACCGGUUCGGUCGGAGAUAAAGUCGAAGAGAAAACAAAUAACGUAAAUAAUAAUUUAGAAAAAGAAUCGGAAAAGGACGAGAUUGACGAGGGAGAAAAUGUUGAUUCGCCCACCAACAGUCUCAGAGUCAGUUUAGCAAAUGAUCUCUUAGAAAUAGAUAAUUUACCCCUGAGACCUCAAAUACUAUGUAAAAACUAUGACGAAACCGUCAUGGAACCCGAAGAAAAAAGUGAAUGUAACAUUCGACUGGCGGAGAAAAUAGUGGCCGAACCCGAAAGCAGUCAAAGUAUUUUCGACGAAGAGGAUAGCAUGCCUUUGGUUUUAAUGUCGAGGAAAACGGAAAACGUGGAAGAGAAUGCGGAGGAAAAGAAAAGUGAUGAAAACACUUGCGAAUCGUCUUCAACCGGAAGUGAAUACAAUAACUUACCGUUGAAUAUUGAAAACGCGGAUCGAAAUUCUUCAGGUUUAUCGUUUGCCGAUUGUCAAGAAACGACCGAAGACAAUUCAAUGUCGUCUUUUUCGCAAAAUAAAACAGGCGAACCGUGCAAACCAUUCGAAGUCCUCAACGGUAAUGUUAUUUAUUGCAGAAACGAAUCCGCAGAAAAUGAUUUCGAAAGCGAUUUAAGCAAUUCCGUCGGAGGGGAUUCGAAAGAAGAUGAUAAUUUAAUUUGUCAAGGUGAGAACAAUCACGUUUUGAACGAAAUAACGGAAAAAGAAGAUAUCGUUAUAGUUUGUUCGAAGGGAAACAAUAACAAAAAUUGCGACGACGAUGAGAGAAUCAACAGCAAGAAAAAAAAAAUUAAAAUGAAUCAAAGGAGAAAAAAAGAAAAUUUCAAAUCGUCGAGAAAGAAAAAGAAAAGGUUUCCCCUGUUGACGGCUACCAUAGAGGAAAAUAAUUUUAAAAAUAAAGAAAACACGAGAUUGAACAAAGAAGUCAUAGUUCGAAGGAUAUGGAAUAGAAGUAAAAUAAUCGGCGACAAUUCGGAUUACGAAACCGUCGAAAACAUGCAAAAUGACGAAUCUCAAACGGAAGUCGAAAAAGAAAUCAUCGUUAAAAAAAUAUGGAGUCGAAAGAAACACUCGGAUUCGGAUUGCGAAUCUUUCGAUAAGGGCGAAGAGUCGAAAAUCGAUGAUCGCAAAAUAAACAAGACGGAAAUAUCGGACGAAGUCGUCAUCAAAUGCGGUCCGAAAAAUGUUCCCGCUCCGAAAAGGCGUAAAAGUAAAAGUUUAUCGAACGAAUCAUCCAAGGAAACGAUCAUGCGGAAAAUCUGGAGCGGAAAAUGUAAAUUUCAAACGAAGGCCGCGUUGAAAACCUACGAUUCGGACGUUUUGCUCGACACAAAAGAAAACGAGAUCGGAGGAGGGGAAGACGUCAGGCCGAAGAAAAGGGGAAGACCCCCGGGGUUUUCAUCUACGAAAAGAAUCAAAACGUCAAACUCGAACGACAAAACGGACGAAGAUGAUUUGGACAGUUUGAUAGAAGAGAUCGAAAGAGAGCAGUUGGAAAAAGCGAUUCGUUUAGAUUUUUUGCUGCUGCGACGAAGCGAGAAAGCCAACGUGGAAAUAUUAAAGGAAGGCAACAAUUCGACCAUGGGUUUAUUCACGGAAACGAUAGAAAAACAUCACAGGGACGGUUCGGAGAAAAGGAGGAAGAAAAUUCGCGGAAAUUUGAGGCAAAGUGUUUUGAAAAGGAAAAACUUGAUGAGGAAACCCCUUCGGAAAGUUUUACCCGCGGCGGAAGAAAAGUGUUUCUGCGGCGGGGAACCCAACGACGAAGAGAGACGAGAACCGGAAGAAGAAAAUCCGGAAAAUUUUAUCGAACAAACGGCGAAUUUCGUUAGCGUAGAAGGAAAAAUAAAAAAUCGAAAGCAUAAGAAGCACAGACACAAACAUCACCAUCACAAGCACAAGCAUAAAAAAUCGAAACACCACAAAAGCGUGGUGGGAAAGCAUAAGAGUAGCAAAUAUAAAUUUUUACCAGAGGAAAUGGAGGAUGUGAAAAAAAAUUCUAGUUCUUUAACCGUUUCCGAAAACGACGACGAUGACGUCGACGGGGUCGACGACGGCAACGUCAACGACGACAACAACGACGUUUCCGAGUCACGUGGUCGGAUAGGAGUCGUCGAAUCACAUCACAUGAAAAAACCGAAAAAUUUAUCCGUCGAAAGCGAUGAAGAAACGAAUAAAUUCGCAUACGGAGAAAGAGUAAGAAAAAAUCGCGACGGCACGGAAUCGUACGAGAGCGUCAUUGUAAAAACGGGGGAAAAAAAUUAUGAAAAUCGCGGAGGCAGCGUGUACGAAUUCGCAGAAGACGCGUCGAAUUUUUAA